AUGCAGCGGGAAGAGUGCAUCUACAACCUCAUCCCCAAGGUGGUCGUCGCGCCGGAGAAGCCCAAGCGGUACCACUCGACGCACGACCCACAGACGCAGCCAACCGCAUCGACGUUCGGCCUCCACGGCAAGACCAAGCUGCUCGGGUCCAACCUCGGGCCCGAGAAGCCCAAGAGCCCACCUGAGAAAGCCAAGACGUUUGGGAAGCUCCCCGAGCAGCCCAACCCGAAGGACUUUAUCAAGAAGCAGUCCAAGUGCAAAAUGCCAGAGUCCAAACCGACCCGCUUCAACUACAAUGGGCCCAAGAAGGCCGCUGUCGUCAAGGCCGACGAGAAGCCCGUGAUGGGUCUCAAGACGUCCAAGAACUUUAUCACGGCCAACGCGGUCGAGGCCAUUCUCGACGUGCCUGGCAACCGCGCCCGCGCCAAGAAGGAGCCGCCCGUGUACCGCCACAAGCCCGACUUUGGCAAGGUGCCCGAGUACCUCGGCGAGGUCAAGCAAGAGAUCGAGCAAGAGAACGAAAUGAUUGAAGAGUUUGUGCGUCAAAACAAAAACAUCCUCGCCGACCAAGAGCCCAAGGUCGAGCCCUUGGACGACGACGAGCGCGCCAAGCUCAUCUCGGCGCUCAAGGCCAAGUGGGACCACGUCAACCAAAAGUACCAAAAGCUCUGCCACAACGUGUCGUUCGACACGCAGGGCAAAGUGCGGCGAAAGGAGACGUACGAGAAGGAGCUCACGCAGCUCGAGAAGGACAUUGAGCUGCUCUCCAAGGGCGGCGUCGCAAUCGUCCGCGACUACUAG